AUGAAGCUCGCCAAGAAAGGGCUGCUGGAGCACAUUGACGCGACGAAGGCACCGAGAGGAGAUGACGCUAAUGCGGCAUUUUGUAAAGUCAACGACAUGAAGGCCUUUGCAAACGUUUGCACGAUGGUCAGCCCAAGCCUUCAGUCCAUGGUUUCGGGAUGCAGCGACGUUUGCAGAAGCGUGGGGGAUUUUGAAGAGCUUUUUCCUCGCAGAAGCAUUCAUAGUCGGGUGCAGAUGCGUCGACAGCUGCACGAGUUCAAGAUGCAGAAGGGAGGCAGUGUAAUGGAUAACUUUCUCAAGUUCGAUGAGCUGUGCAUGUCAAUGCAAGCUAUUGGUGACGAAGUUGUUCAGUUUGAGCGACUCGUGAUCCUACUCGGAAGCCUAUCUAAAGAAUACGACCAGAUAGUCAAGAUCAUCAAGAACAUGAAGGACAUGGAUCUAUUUCAAGCCAAGGAAAUGCUUCGUCCUGAUUACGAAGGCAUUGCUCGGAAGGAGAAGAGCGAGAUCGCGUUGAGAGCUACAAGAAGGUUCAAGAUCAAGAGUUUUCAGCCAAAGGAAGCAAGGAACAAGUUCACUGGGACAUGUUUUACAUGCGGCAAGCAUGGGCACAAGAAACAAGAUUGCUGGAAGAAUCCGGACAAGAAGAAGAGCUCUGAGCAAGCGUUCACUUACAGUGAACGCUUGCUCUGA